CUACAACAAUUUUCUAUAUAAACUCCCUUACAAUGUCUUACUUAGAACCAGGAAUUGCCAAAGAAAACGUUCGUACUUCUCAUUGUUAAAUUAAACUCCAUACUACAAAAACAGAAAGAUGUCGUCCUGCCAAGAAAAGAUGUCCAUGUCCUGCCAAGGGAAGAAAUCAUGGCCUGAACUAGUUGGAAAAGAUGGAAAUGAGGCAGCAGGAAUAAUCAAAUCCGAAAACUGUUCAGUGAAGAACGUCGUCGUUCUACCAGAAGGUAGCCCUGUUACUAAAGACUACAGGACUGAUCGUGUUAGGGUUUUUGUUGACACCUGUGGAAAAGUGUCCAGUACUCCCUACAUUGGAUAAGCUAAAACAGGCUAAGGCAACAUACAAAAAUGUACGCUACUUAAAAUCAUAUUGUAAUAAAUAAAGUGUAUUUGCAAAGUUGAUAUAUGUUGCUUUGUCCAUGUAUUAUGUAUUUAUGUACUACCAUUAGGUAGUUGUGAUCCAUAAUCAUGAUAAUCGAUAACAUCAAUUUCGCCCUUCCA